AUGCAUCAUUUUAAAUCGGCAACCGCCCUGCGCCUGGAGGGGCAGCUGGUCGUGUACAACCACGAGGGGGGGCCCUGUUACCGCUGUCUCUUCCCCACGCCGCCCCCGCCGGAGACGGUGACCAACUGCGCCGAUGGCGGGGUGCUGGGCGUGGUGCCGGGCAUCCUGGGCUGUCUCCAGGCCCUGGAGGUGCUGAAGAUCGCGGCAGGAAUAGGCUCCUCCUUCAGCCAGUGCAUGCUGGUCUUCGAUGCCCUGGAAGGCCGAUUCCGCAACAUCAAGUUGAGACCGAAGAAACGGGACUGCGCCGUGUGCGGGGACCAUCCCACCAUCACUGCCCUGCAGGAUUAUGAAGCCUUUUGUGGCUCAUCCGCCACAGACAACUGUCGAACUCUAAGCCUGUUGCCCAGUGACGACAGGAUCUCUGUGGAGGAGUACAAAAAGCUGCUGAAGGAGCAAGCCCCUCAUGUCCUAAUUGAUGUUCGUCCCCAAGUAGAAGUGGAGAUCUGUAGCCUGGCACAUGCCCUCCACGUCCCUUUGAGUAAAUUGGAAGAAAAGAAUGAAGAGUGUCUGGAAACUUUAGGGAAAAUAAUCUGUGAAGGAAAACAGAGAGCUAAUGGCACAGCAGCUUUCCCUGUCUAUGUCAUCUGCAAGUUAGGAAAUGACUCCCAGAAAGCUGUGCAAAUUUUGCAGGCGUUGUCUGUCAAGGAAUUUGGUUCUUUAGUGGUUAAAGAUAUCCGAGGAGGGCUCAUGGCUUGGGCUACCAAAAUUGAUCCAACUUUUCCUCAAUAUUAAUGAUCCGUAUGUAAGAAUGGAGAAAGGUCUUAACAGUUUACUGCUAUGUUGUUUAGAGUUGCAUCUUUUCACUGCAGGUCUUACGUAGCAUGGACAAGACAGGGGAAAAAUAGCAAAUUAACAUCCCCCCCACCCCAGUUUAAGUGAAGGAUUUUAUCUUGUGUCUUUUAAUCAGACCUUCUAGAGAUGUUUGGGAAUUCCUUUCUUUUUGAUAAAAUGAAUAUUUUACAUAAAAGGACAAUAUGCUA